GAGUGAAACAGGAAAAGAAGGGAAGAAGGAAGAAGAGGGAAGAGGAGGAGAGGGAGGAGGAAGAGGGUGGCGGCGGCGCCGUGGCGGAGGAGCAGGAGCAGGAGGGGGAUGGAGAGGAGAAGGCUCCUGGGUGGCAUGGCGCUCCUGCUCCUCCAGGCGCUGCCCAGCCCCCUGUCAGCCAGGGCUGAGCCCCCGCAGGAUAAGGAAACCUGUGUGGGCACCAACAAUCAGAGCUACAUCUGUGACACUGGACACUGCUGUGGACAGUCUCAGUGCUGCAACUACUACUAUGAACUCUGGUGGUUCUGGCUGGUGUGGACCAUCAUCAUCAUCCUGAGCUGCUGCUGUGUUUGCCACCACCGCCGAGCCAAGCACCGCCUUCAGGCCCAGCAGCGGCAGCAUGAAAUCAACCUGAUUGCCUACCGGGAAGCCCACAAUUACUCAGCGCUGCCAUUUUAUUUCAGGUUUUUGCCAAACUACUUACUACCUCCUUAUGAGGAAGUGGUGAACCGACCUCCAACUCCUCCCCCACCAUACAGUGCCUUCCAGCUACAGCAGCAGCAGCAGCUGUCUGCACAGUGCGGCCCUGCAGGCGGCAGUCCCCCAGGCGCCGAUCCCACCCGGGACUCCCAGGGGGCGCAGAGCAGCCCCUUGUCUGGGCCCAGCAGAAGCAGCACGAGACCCCCGAGCAUCAUCGCUGAUCCUGAGCCCUGCAACAUCGACAUGCCGGCCAACCCGGCAGCCACCAAAGCCCCUGGAAUGGAGCCCUGUGGCUCUGUGGCCGGCCUGGGGGAACUGGCCCCUGGGGGCUUCCUGGACAAGGAUUCUGAGUGUAAGGAGGAGCUGCUGAAAGAUUACAGCUGCGAGCAGGGCAGCGCCCUCCCCGACAGCAAGGAUAAGACGCCUGGUAGGCAUCGCCGCUUCACCGGUGACUCGGGCAUUGAGGUGUGUGUGUGCAACCGGGGCCACCACGACGACGACCUCAAGGAGUUCAACGCACUCAUCGACGACGCUCUGGAUGGACCCCUGGACUUCUGCGACAGCUGCCACGUGCGACCCCCUGGUGAUGAGGAGGAAGGGCUCUGCCAGCCCUCUGAGGAGCAGGCCUGCGAUCACGGGCAUCCCCACCUGCCUCGGCCCCCCGCAUGCCUGCUGCUGAACACCAUCAAUGAGCAGGACUCCCCAAACCCCCAGAGCAGCAGCUCCCCCAGCUAGAGCAGGCCCUGCCUGUGUCCGAGAACUUGGCGAAGCAACCAGGGUAGGGGAGAACCACGAAAGAAGCAUUAAGUGACUUUCAGAGAAAGUGGGACAGCCACUUGGUUCUUUUUUUUUCCCCCCUCCUUUUCCGCCUUGGUUCCUGCAUUUUUCUGCAUCUCCAGGUACAGUUUGGGGUGCCUCUCCCCCCACAUAAGCACGUUGUUGUGGAGGGCUGAGAAGUUGGUUCUGUGACUCAUUCCUCAUACCCCACCCCUUCUUCCCUUUUCAAGUCAUAUCUCGCUACCUUUGGGUCGAAGAUGUGUGUUACGAAGCCCCCAAGGAAGGGAGCCAAGACUGUGUCCUGAGGUGAUUUUGGGUGAUGGAGUGGAUUUUUGCUCUGCUGUUAGUGUAAGAGAACCUUGCUUUGUCAGUCCAGGAGAGAGAGCCGGGCUCAGCCCUGGCUGAGGGUUGUCACCCCUCGCUGCCAGCGCCUGCAGAGCCGGACUCGGUCUGAUCCUGUGGGAGGGCGAGAGCUGACGGGCACUCGUGUAGUCAGUGGGGAAGGGCUUGUCGCUGUCCCCGGUUCCAGGUGACGAGGUCAGUGCAUCACUGCAUCCCUGGGGGGCCCUGCCUGGCGUGUGCUGGCUGGCCGCAGACCGUUGCAGGUGUAGAGAUUAUACUGCCUUCUUUUUGGCUAUUUUUUUUUUAAUAAAAAGAACAAAAUCGAGCUAAAAACAAGAACUUGACCAGUGAGCAGGCAACAAUUCCGUCCUGGAAAAGGGAAGCCUUGUGGCUGCCUCUUUUACCUGGUCGGCCUUCCCAGAGCCCGGCUGUACUUGAACCAGGAGCUGUUUCAUGUGCCGGCUUGGAUGGGAGUUAUCCCUGGGACUUACGUGGGUGCUCAGGAGGCCCUAAGCCACGGUGGCAGGUAGAGGCGCAGCUUUCUGCGUCUCUGCCCAUAGGUCUGUGCCCACAGGUGGCGGUGCCCGCCCCAGCCCCAAGCACACAGUCUGCGGGCCUUUCUGUGUCGCUGUCGUAUAUGAACAGAUGAGGCUGUGGGCCCCGAGGAAGGGCAGCCCCAUAGCCUGGCUCUCUCACAGUAUUUUCUCUUGAUCCUGAGUAAUUUUUUUUUUUAACUGACCACUUGGAAAAACAUGCCUUGGUUAUCUGUGGUUUUCAUGUGCUUCCCCUCCCCCUUCCUCGAGAGUGGGAUAAGUGUAGCCUUCAUAAAAAGUCUCAGUGGCCCAGGAGGGGGCGAAGGCAGCCGUCCAGAAGGGCCACAGGGUCCUUAUUGCUGUGGUUCAGCCUCAGACAGCCGGGUGAGCUUCGUUAGGAAUGAUCUGAAUGGAGAAAGCAGACAGCCGAAGUUAACAUUCCCCGCCCAGCCCCGUUCUAGGAAGAGUUCGGUUUGUCCCCCACUUUUGAAUGGUGACAUUCAGACUAGGCAUUGACACUAUGAUAAGAAAGGGAAAAAAUACAUAUGUCUACAAAAAUAGAUAGAUCCAAGGCCGCGAGGCGAGCGCGUGACCGCAUCAGGACUCCACAAAACCAAACCCCACGUCGAACAAAGUGAAGUCCGUACACGGUGACUUUACGGGUGACCGGUGUGUGUCUGUCCGUUGCGUGUGAGCCCCCCGCCCUGUCGUCCUGUGAACGUGCUUUGAGUGGCAGCCAUUCUGCUCUGGCGAUCACAGGCCGGAGCGCAUAUGGCCCUCUCAAGGUAAUUUAUUUUAUGCAUUUACUGUUUACUGAACAAAGUCUGACUGUGUACCUGGGUGUAUUCAGCAGCAUUGUCGACGGCGGUCCCCAGUGCUCGCCAGGGAGCCUGCCCUCGAAGUACAGGUUUUACUCUGCCCGUCACUGCGAUUUGCACAUUGCUCCGUGGACACUCGGAGGCCUGUGUUCUGUUCCCUGUAGAUGGAAAUGUGGUCUGACCCCGACUGCCUCCCUCGGCAGCUCCUGGCCCUCAGAUCAGCCCCCUGCGGGCGUGUCCGCAGCCACUCGGGACAGAACGUGAAGGUGGAACUUCAGACCGAAGCUGGACUGGAUCUUCAGGGACAAGUGUGGACUAGCUGCGGCCCGAUGGCAGCCCUGCCCAGGAUUGCUGGGAGCCUUUGGCAGACACCGCAGGGCUUGCCGCCCCCUGCCGAGGCCCAUUGCAAGCAGGCCAGCCGCUGUGUGGCACGAGUGGGCGGGGUGUGUCAGCAGCCCUCAGAUGCCUUUUUUUCCACCAUUAAAAAAAUAUAUAUCCCAAGUAACUCGCUGAGGUGUCUCCAGGGAGAUCAAGUUUUACCAAAAUGAAUCCUCCCUCAGCGAACUGACCAUAUGGAUGAAUUCUGGCCCUCUUCACGGUUCCCUCCCCAGUGAGGGUGGGGAACCAGUCUGCGUGGUGAGGGUCACUGCAGCAUCCCACCCGAAAGGCAGGAGGAGAGGCUGGCGGUCCCGGGGAACUGGGCUGUGUCUCAGCAGCCCCAGCCUGUCCCCUGCUCCCGGAGGCGCCCGAGCGCAGAGAGAGGCGGGAAUGGGGAGCUGAAGGACUCGCGAGGGGCCGGGAGGUUGGAUGGAGCCUGGUGUUCUGGGCGGGUGGAGAAGGAAGGUCUCGGCCGAGGGUUUGGUGCUAGUCAGAUCUGCAAACGCGAACACAUUCCUGUGUGAGGCACAUCACCAUUUGUCAGUUAUUGUGAAUAUGUGUAUUUUAAGCAAUAAGAUUCAGCUGGUUAGACCUUUCUGGGCAGUCUCAGUGACGCGUUUCCUGUGCUGUGAUUGUUCUGCAGACAGAGUGGCUCUAACCACUGUGAGAAGCCCAAAUAAAAUCAGUCCCAAAAAUCCGA